CAAAGGAGCAACACCUAGAGAGGAAUGAACAUCUGAAGCUGGGGCCCUCCCACCAUGGUCAGUCAGGGUUGUGUAAGACUUGCCAUCCUCACCUGCCCUGGGGAACUUGAUCAAGAUAAGAAAAAGGAAACACCAGAAGAAACAGAAAACGUUAACGAGGUGCAACUAGAGAAGCAAAACCAAGAUGAAGAAACUGAAGCUGAAGCUGAAGAGGCAGAUAAAGCCAUUCUUGAGAGGAGUGAUUCAGUGAAAACGGAAUGUCCCCCCCAGGCAGAGAAGCAAAACCAAGAUGAAGAAACUGAAGCUGAAGCUGAAGAGGCAGAUAAAGCCAUACUUGAGAGGAGUGAUUCAGUGAAAACGGAAUGUCCCCCCCAGGCAGAGAAGCAAAUCCAAGAAGAGAAAUGUGAAACUCAAGAGGCAGAUAGAUCUGAGGGAACCGAGUUGGGGAAACUUCACUCUCAGCUAGAUCAGCUGCCUGAUAACGUCAUGCUGGCAGGCGUCAAGAUCCAGGCCUGGUGGCGAGGCACACUGGUGCGCCGAACCCUGCUGCUUGCAGCCCUCAACGCUUGGACCAUUCAGUGCUGGUGGAGAGAGGCAAAGGCCAGGCUGCAGGGGAGGAAGUUACAUGAGGUGAUGCGCUACAGACUGAGAAACCUAAACCUAAAGUCCAUCAGCAAGCGAAAACAACCCAACCAAAGCUCCUUCCUUUAAAACAACCCAAGGACUCGAGGAUAAAAAAGACCCGAGCAGCCAAGAAGAUCCAGGCCUUGUGGCGCGGAUUCCUGGUGAGGCAAACUCUGCUGGCUGCUGCCCUCAAUGUCUGGGUGAUUCAGUGCUGGUGGAGAAGCAUCCUCCACAGACAGGUACUUAAACGGCGGCUGGCCCUGCUGAGGAUAUACGUCAUUGAGGAAGAGGCAGCCGUCAGGCUCCAGGCCUGGGUUCGCAUGUGGAAUUGCCGUCGAUACUUCAAUCAGAUAUGCAAUCAAAUAUGCAACACACUCUGUGUGGUCCAGUCCGCCGAAAACAGCUUUACCUUCAAGAACGAUGACAUUUUGCAGGUUCAAUAUGAAGUUGUUUCCAGGCAACCAGAGUUCCACAUUGAAAUCCUAUCCAUCUAAAGGCCCGCAGCACAAAGAGUUGGCUCCAAUGCCUAAAUAAACACCUGACC